AUGGUGCGUCAGCUCCACGAUAGUAUGAUGGCGCGAAUCACAGACAAUGGAGCUGUCUCAGAGGCAUUCGCAAUGACCAACGGGGUGAAGCAGGGCUGCAACCUCGCGCCUACCCUCUUCAGUCUCAUGUUCUAUGCCAUGCUGCUGGACGCCUACCGUGACGAGCGCCCUGGGAUCCGCAUCGCCUACAGGACGGACGGCCAACUCCUCAACCACCGGCGGAUGCAUGUCCAGUCGCGUGUACUCACAACUACCGUCCAUGGACUUCUCUUCGCCGCCGACUGCGCCCUCAGAGCCACCUCAGAAGGGGACAAGCAAGAGAGCAUGGACCCCUUCGCCGCCGCCUGCGAAACUUUGGCCUGGUCAUCAAAACAGAGAAAACGGUUGUUAUGCAUCAACCGACAGUCGAUGAUGCCUACGUCGCACCUCAAAUAA